UUUUAAUUUAUAUAUUUCAGCGUGGUUGAUUUUAAAAAAAGUUGAGAUAUUUUAUUUAAUCAUGACAAAGUUCUUAUCAUUUUUUAAUUUGUCAAGGAUUAAUGACUCGAAAGAUUUCCUUGGCACAUCUCCAGAUUAUGUCAAAGGGAACAUUAUAAUAACUCUUAGCCGAAAUAUUGUUAUUGUCGUUAAAAUAUCGACCCAACAACAAAUUUGCAGUUGGUCAACACAUGAAAAGCUGUCCUCUAAAGUAAUUUUUGAUAAUUCCAGUAGGAGGUACGUGGGAGUUUUUGGAAAUCGAUAUAUUCGUUGUUGGGAUGCAUCUUCCACGGACAUAAAUACUAUAAAAAGGAUCAAGUUACACAAGCUUGUUGUUGAUAUUGUACCAAGUAGCAGCGAUACCAUAAUACUUUAUUCCGAUGGCAGUUGGGAUUGGCUUUCUACAGCAAUUUCGUCGUCGUCAAAUGUCGUGUCCACUUCAAUAAAUCCUCUUAAUUUGAAAUAUGAUUGCCUGAAGGAUGUAAAUGCAAAUCUUUUGAUCAAUGGUGUACCAAUUUUGUCCUUCUUUGUACAAGGUGUGGACAACAAAGAAACAGAGCUUAUAAUAAUACCUCUUACAUGUGAUGGCCAGCGGAAAAGUCUGAAAAUUACAAGAAAAGACAUGACUGUUUCAUUGUCCGGAUAUUCAAUAGUUGAAGGAGAUAAUGCACCCAUGCUAUUAACAAUCUGGUCAGACCAAAGACUCUUUUUACUUAACCUGGAUGAAACCUUGGAAGCAGAAAAGUCACCAGGAAAUUUCGUAUCUAUUAUUUCGACACUUAAAGUAGAUACUCCGUUAUCGGUUUUGGGUGUGGCUAGAAAUUGUGUAGCGAUUUAUGGUGCAAAUAGUAAUCAAGAAGGCGCUUCUCUAAUACUUUACAACACCCAAUUCAAAAUAAUUAAGGCGCAACAGUUUUUCAAAGUGUACUUCAGUUGUUCCCGCAUUUGGAUCCACGAAGGUAAUAUCAUAAUAGCGAUGGGACAAAAUUUAUCGGUGGUAACAUACCGAAUGUCUCAAGAGCUUUUGGUAGAUUUGUUGGGAACCUACAACAGUGAAAACCAUGUGAGAAUUGAAGGAGAUCUUAUAAACGAGGAAGAUUACCUUCAAUCAAUUUGUUCAUAUAAAAAUAGUUCAUACCGUUCAGAAAGAAAAGAGUACAUUUACAACAAUAUCAGUAACGGUAAUGAAAGUUAUUCAAGAUUAAAAGAAAAGCUAUGUAAGGGAUCUUGCUUAGGACAACAAUUUCAAACCUUUAUACAAGUUGACCAAGACAAAUCAUUCUUGGAUGAUACAGUCGCUAUAGUCGAAACAUCUUUAGAAAAACAACUAAUAAACAGAACACUUUUUGAGUUUUUCAUUCGGCAGUUUGAAAGUUAUGGAACUACGGAACAAGAAAUUUCAGAAAAAAUGUUGUUGAUGUUGUCUAAGAAUAGCAAUUCUCUCAAAAUAACAAGCUUGAUGAGUCGGCUAUCAAAUUCACCAGAAUCCAUCUUUACUAAAGUGUUUUUCUCAAUGCUUGAAAAGAGCUAUCCAAAUAUUCUCAAAGACAAAAGUUUUGCAUCAAUCAUAUUGAAGUCUUUUGGCCCCAACACAGUUUUUCAACCAUCCAAGCAGAUGAUACUAAUGGAUCAAUUACGAAAUGAUUUCAGUUCAUUUGGUUUACUUUAUCUACUUGAAUAUUUCUAUAAGUUGUUAACGGAACUGUCUGCAUCUUGCUCUACGAGAUGUAAUAUAAAAGUGGAAAUGAAAAUAAUUUGUUGGUUCGAUAUUUUACUAAAUGCAUAUUUUCAGCAAUUGAUUCUAUCAAAAGAUAUAGAAGUACUAAACCUACUUUUAAAGUGGACUAAUUUAAUUUCAACGUAUACAACUCAAGUGAAAAAGCUUGAAGAAUUGUCAAUCCUACUCUAUAGCCUUGUACAAAAAGAAUAUAGUAUAACAAAUCCAAGCGCAUCCAUAUGGUAUUGUAUUGAAGAUUUAUAUUUUUGAAAUAAAAGAAAUUUUAGUUAUAAA